AUGGGGCGUGGCGUGCGCACGUCGCGCUCCUCCAGAUGCUCCAUUCUCCGCUGCAGUCGCGAAAGGCCACCGCAUUGUCGAUUGCUCGAAGCGUCGAAAGCGAAGAAGGGGGAACCCGUCUACUUGGUGUUCGAGUAUUUGGACACCGAUCUCAAGAAGUUCAUCGAUUCACACAGAAAGGGGCCGAAUCCUGGGCCGAUGCCACCGUCGCUGGUGCAGAGCUUUAUGUACCAGCUGUGCAAGGGGGUUGCGCACUGCCACUCCCACGGCGUCCUCCACCGCGAUCUGAAGCCGCAGAAUCUGCUUCUUGACAAGGAAAGGGGGAUUCUGAAGAUCGCUGAUCUCGGACUCGGCCGCGCAUUCACUGUGCCUCUCAAGAGCUACACGCACGAAAUUGUUACUCUCUGGUACAGAGCGCCCGAGGUUCUGCUCGGUUCGGCUCACUACUCCACCGGCGUUGAUAUGUGGUCCGUAGGAUGCAUCUUCGCGGAGAUGGCGAGGAGGCAGGCUCUUUUUCCGGGAGAUUCUGAGUUCCAGCAGUUGCUUCACAUUUUCAGGCUGCUAGGAACACCAUCUGACAAGCAGUGGCCAGGAGUUUCUUCUCUGCGAGAUUGGCACGUGUAUCCGCAGUGGGAGCCUCAGAACUUGGCUCGCGCUGUUCCUGCUUUGGAGCCUGAAGGAGUUGACCUCCUAGCCAAAAUGCUUAAAUACGAUCCAGCUGAGCGAAUCUCCGCGAAAGCUGCCCUUGACCACCCCUAUUUCGACACCCUCGACAAGUCUCAGUUCUGAAGUUUCACUUAUGAACACAAAGAUGCUAUGAAGUGCUUUCUCAAACCUAGGAAGAGAUGAAUUCAGUGCUGCCUUGCCGUUUUUCAACUGUUGUCGGGGGAAGUCAGCCGUCAUCAUCUUGGUGAUUCGAAAUUAUCGUAUGAUGUUUGCAUCCCUGUAAAUCACAGUGUGGUUAUCCUUGUUAGACAAAUUAUCGUUUUUAAGUAUUGUUAUUUGAGUAAUGCUAAUCAAUCAAAUUCGCAACUGCGGUUGACGAUAGCGAAGAAGAUAUAAAAAUGGAAAUUCCUGUUUAUGAA